UUCUGUUCAAACAGUGAGAGCGUCAGAAAGGGAAUGGGACAGACAAGAGACAGAGGUAGACAGAGGUGUGACUGAGUGGAAGACAGGGACAGGGAAGCUAAUAGCGAGCUGGUCCUUCCAAUUUAUGUCUAGAAACCCAGAAAAAGCCAAACUAGCGGUAGAUUUUCGUGCGUAAAAAGUAGGCUGCCCUCUAAAUUCUUACGUUUUACAACACUUCUCUUCCAGGCUGAACAGUUAUUGCGAGGUAGUGUCCUCUGUGGAGUUUUCUUUGUCUCCGCAAGAGACACUAAAGAGCACGGAUUACAAUGAUAAGGAUUUUAGAGGUUUGGGUCACUUUGGUGGCCAUUUCUCUGCUGGUUAAGGGGGCUCUUGGAGGUUAUGGGAUGAGUAUGUUUGCUGCCCAGUCGUCCCCUCCAGACCCAUGCUAUGAUGAGAACGGCAACCCCCGGAGGUGCAUCCCCGAUUUCGUGAACUCCGCUUUCGGGAAGGACGUGCGCGUCUCCAGCACCUGUGGAACCCCGGCCUCAAGGUACUGCGUCGUGACCGAGAAGGGAGAGGAGAGGACUAGGGAUUGCCACACCUGCGAUGCAGGGGACCCAAAGAAGACUCAUCCACCCGCGUAUUUAACUGAUCUCAACAACCCUCAUAACCUCACCUGCUGGCAGUCAGAAAACUAUGUCCAGUAUCCUCAGAACGUCACUCUCACUUUGUCCUUGGGUAAAACAUUUGAGGUCACCUAUGUGAGCUUGCAGUUCUGUUCACCCCGACCCGAAUCUAUGGCUAUCUUUAAGUCCAUGGACUAUGGCAAAUCCUGGGUUCCUUUCCAAUUCUACUCUACCCAGUGUAAGAAGAUGUAUAACAAGCAGAAUAAGGCGGCAAUUACCAAGCAGAACGAACAAGAGGCGAUUUGCACGGACUCUCACACGGACAUGCACCCGCUGACAGGUGGGCUCAUUGCGUUCAGCACCUUGGAUGGCAGACCCUCGGCGCACGACUUCGACAACUCUCCCGUGCUGCAGGACUGGGUGACAGCCACCGACAUCAAGGUGACGUUCAGCCGACUGCACACGUUUGGGGAUGAGAACGAGGACGACUCGGAGCUGGCUAGAGAUUCCUACUUUUACGCGGUAUCAGACCUGCAGGUUGGCGGGCGGUGCAAGUGCAACGGCCACGCUUCAAAGUGCGUAAAAGAUAGGGAAGGAAACCUGGUAUGCGAGUGCAAGCACAACACCGCGGGGCCGGAGUGUGACAGGUGCAAACCUUUCCAUUAUGACCGUCCUUGGCAGCGCGCAACCGCAAGAGAGGCAAACGAAUGUGUUGCCUGCCACUGUAACCUGCACGCCCGGCGCUGUCGUUUCAACAUGGAGCUGUACAAGCUAUCUGGGCGGAGGAGUGGCGGAGUCUGUCUCAACUGCCGCCACAACACGGCCGGACGCCACUGCCACUACUGCAAGGAGGGCUUCUUCCGGGACAUGUCCAAGGCCAUCUCCCACAGGAGGGCCUGCAAAGCGUGUGAUUGUCAUCCAGUUGGCGCUGCCGGCAAGACCUGCAACCAAACCACCGGCCAGUGCCCCUGCAAGGACGGCGUUACUGGCAUCACCUGCAACCGCUGUGCCAAGGGCUACCAGCAGAGCCGCUCUCCUAUCGCCCCCUGUAUAAAGAUUCCAGUUGCAUCGCCCACCGCCACCUAUAUCAGCUCUGAAGAGCCCUUAGACUGUGAUUCUCACUGCAAGGCAUCCAAGGGCAAGCUAAAGAUCAAUAUGAAGAAGUACUGCAAGAAAGACUAUGCUGUCCAGAUGCACGUUCUCAAAGGAGACAAGGCAGGGGAGUGGUGGAAGUUUACCGUCAACAUCAUCUCUGUCUACAAGCAAGGUGAACAACGCAUCCGGCGCGGUGACCAGCUCCUGUGGGUGCGUGCCAAGGACGUGGCCUGCAAGUGCCCCAAAAUCAAGCUUGGCAGGAAGUACCUGCUGCUGGGCACGGAUGAUGACUCCCCUGGGCAGAGUGGCGUGGUGGCGGACAAGGGCAGCCUGCUCAUCCCCUGGAAGGACCUGUGGGGCCGGAGACUGAGGAAGUUCCAACAGCGCGACAAGAGGGGCAAGUGUUAAGAGGAGCCAGAGAGGAGAGAAAGAGAGGGGGCUCACCUCGAGUCUGAGGAACACAGGAGGAUAGAGAAAGAAGGAGGAAAUACCAGAGGGAGAGAGGAAAGAGGGAGAGGUGAAGUGAAAAGAGAGAGAGAGAAAGUGACUGAGUGCUGCUGCUUUGAGUGGAAGCAAAAAGAGAAUAUUAGUGAUUUUAGAAACAUUCCUGUGAAGGAGCUCUUUUUACAGUUGUUGUUCUGUUUGUCCUUCAAGGUUUGUUUCGUUGUGGAAUUGCAGAGUUUGCACCUAAUAUUUCAAAUAAGUUACUUAUUUUUUGUUUUAUUCAUGAUACCGUUAUUUUUAUAUUUCCAGUUCAUUUCUACAGAACAUCAGAAAACAAUCUACUGUAUCACAUUUCUGUGUUUAAAGAGGCUCUUUAUAUAUAUAUAUAUAUAUAUAUAUAUAUAUAUAUAUAUAUAUAUAUAUAUUGUAAAGUGUUUUCUAGCAAGCUGAGGUGGCAUGGCAUGGCUUAAGGGGAAUCUCUCUCAUGUUUAAUGAGUGGCUCCUGCUUGCCAGGCCUUGUCAAGAUAAACUGUGUAAACUGCUAAGAGUGUUAACACGUUAAAUUGAUCAUUUAAACUAGGUUUUACUGUGGUUUCAGCAUAUACUUGUACAAAUUGGAGAAAGAGAAAAAACAAGCCAGCUAUUGCCAGUUACCUUUCUUCUUUAAGAGCUCCUCAUGUGGGUGUUACCUCAUUAUUACAGCUGAUGCUUUACUAUGUAAUCAACAUUAAAGUGCCAUGAAGAAGUUGCUCCUCAGAUACUAUCAUAGAGAAAGUCUAUUAAAUGAUACAUUUCCUUGCCAUCCUGACAGUGUGGUUGUGACCUCAGCUAAAUAAAAGUACCACUAAGCAUGACAUAAUUAUACAAUAUCAUUGUAUUUAGACAGCACUCUGUUCUCAACUAGAAGAACUAAAAUAGAAUGAGUUGACCAUGCACUUAAUGUUUAGUCCUUUAUUAUUCAACAGUAUUCAGAACAUAUAAGAUAUGUUCAGUGUUUAAUGGCACUUUGCAGGAUACAAACUAACAUACUUGUAUGGUUUCAGAAAAAUCAUCAAAGAACGAAUGUAUGUCCAUUCAUGAUUGUUCAAACUGAGAUCACACAUUUGACUGAUCAUCUUGUGCUGCCUUUGGCCUUUGGUCCUGGAACCUAAUGUCCACUGACUCUGUCUCGUUGAUUGAUGCAUUCUCUAAUCAUCCACAGACUGGUUUGAUGAUACUGGUUUCUUCAACAGUGAAUCACCUCAUGUUGUUUGAUAAGACCUAUCAAAAGGAACCUACGUUUUGUUAAAAUAAUAGAUGCAUGCUGACUACUUAGCUGACUAAGCUAACCAAAUUGUGGAUGACAGUAUGUACAGUAUGUGUGUGUGUGCUGUAUACAGAUACAUACAUUAUGUUGUGAAAGAUAACCUGUGGAGUGAUGAAAUAUCACAGGAGUCAAGCUGUGUGAUCAACACACUGUGCCAGCGUCUGAUUCUCACUUCAAACCUUGCAGACAUUCAAUUUUCAAAACGUUACUUGGUACUCAACAAAAGGGGUGACCGGCUGUUUAAAUGUUAUAUAGUUGUAUAGUUUGUUACUAUUUUUUGUUAAACAUUUACUAGAUUUAUGUCCAUGUGUUAUUAACCAGAGUUUUAAAUACCAUAGGCUUAAUAAAUGGGUAGACAAAUGACUGAAAAAGAGGCAUAUUUCUCUUGUUUACGAGUUAUGCCUACCCAGGAGUGUAUUGCAGCAGAGAGAGGCUUAUCUACAACCUGUAAUAAACGUUCCCAAAAAUAUUUGAGAAAUACAUAAACACACAUAAAUGCAAGCAGAUGCACACGCACACACUUUUUUUGGACAUAUUUGUAUUGACAUUUUUAUUGCAAUCCAUUUAAACUGUUCUUGUGCCAGUGCAUCCAUCUCUGGAUCUACACAUAUCAAAGCUGUCAGUGGGUCCACUGUGUAAAUUUAGACCAGUUUCACACACAUUUGGAGAAUGGUACUCAGUCAUGACCAGAUAUCUGCUACAGAAAUAUAUCUAAAUGUUGCUUGUGUUCAUACUUGCGCUUGUAAAUGUUGUUAAGCUUUGUCCAUUGCAAAGGUUUGUGUAAUGUCCUGUAAUGCAUACUAAUAUAUUAUGUUUAUCACAAAUGAAUAUAUUUAAUGACACAUGAAACAAUGUGGCUUUUGUUUUUGCCUGUUUUUAUUUUUGGUUACUCUUUGCUUUGGAUAAUAGACGGCUGUAAUGAAAAAGUAAAAGUCUGUAGCUAUUGAACAGCCUAAUAAAUCUGAAAUAAAGCUCUGUAAAAGUA